AUGGAAUAUUCAAAUCAACUAAUGAGACUGGGGAUUCCCAUCUUCGAACUGCUAUCGGAAGCUCUGGGACUAAAUCCCAAGCAUCUUAAGGACAUGGGCUGUGCUGAAGGACUGUACUUCAUCGCACACUACUAUCCGAUAUGUCCCGAGCCAGACUUGACUCAAGGUCUGAGCAAGCACACCAAUAGCGCCUUCCUCACGGCAGUAUUGCAAGACCAGACUGGCGGCCUUCAAGUCCUCCAUGAAAAUCACUGGGUAGAUGUCAACCCCGUUCACGGUGCUCUCAUGGUGAACCUAGGCGACAUGAUGCAGUUAAUCACCAAUAGUAAGUUCGUCUAUCACAGAGUAUUGGCAAAGAACGUCAAACUGAGAAUCUCGGUGGCUUGUUUCUUUAGAACGCAUUUUGGGCAAGAGGAUUCUCCCAGAAAGUAUGGGCCGAUUAUGGAGUUGUUAUCGGAAUAG